UCGCAAACGGAUGUAGACACAAAGGAGUGAUUUGUACUUGGCUGAGGGGGAAUUUCUAUAACAUUUCAGCUAAAAAGCAAAGACUGAUGUGGAGUGUUGUCAAUUUCCUCCAAGAUGAAUUGACGAACGAAAAUGUGCUGAGUGAUGAACGUAAAGAAUCGGUGGAAGUUGCUAUUCAGUGCCUUGAAAGCGCAUUUGAUAUUGACAGUGAAGUUAGGAAAAAAUACGAAAAUGAGAAAGUCGAUUUAUUGUCACUAUUUCCUGCUAAUGUAGAGGUUAGCGAAGAGAAUAAAAAACUGGCCGAAGAAUGUAAAACCAGGGGCAACAAUUACAUGAAAAGCUCUGAGUAUAAGGAGGCUGUCGCAGAAUAUACAAAAGCAAUCAAGCUGAACCCAAAUAAUGCAGUAUACUAUUGCAAUCGGGCAGCUGCAUAUAGCAGGCUAGAAAAACAUUUAGAUGCAAUAGAUGACUGCAGAGAAGCAAUUAAACUAGAUAAAACCUAUGGAAAAGCAUAUGGUAGGCUAGGAAUAGCGUACUGUAACUUAAACAAAUUUGAGGAAGCAAGGAAGGCACUAAGGACAGCUUUACAGUAUGACCCAAACAAUCCAACUUAUGAAACUAACUUGAAGCUAGCAGAAGAAAAAAUGUUUGGAACAAUGGGUACUGGGAACAUUGGGCCACAGGAUAGAGUGAAUGUUAUGUCUGAACUGAUGAACAACCCAAAUAUAGUAGAUUUGUGCAGUCAGAUGCUUAGCAAUCCCCAGAUGAGGAAUUUGAUGGUGGGUGUAAUUUCCAAUGAAAGUGAAGCCAUUCAAGGACUUAUCCAGGGAAGAUGUAACCCCGAAAGCGUCCAAAACCUACUGCAGGCUGGUGAAUUGUUAGCUCAACAAAUGCAAAACGCGGAUCCAAGUUUGAUAGAGGAGAUUAGAGGUAUUGCUCAUCCACAAAAUCCUAUACCAUCAGCCCCUCCUGAGGAGAAAAAAUCCAGUGAUUCAAAAGAAAUGCCAAACUCUUAAAUAGGAAUUUUGAAUUAAAUGUUUAGGGUAGAGGUGAAUUUUGUAGUAAAAUAUAUGACACAAAACAUAUGAGUAUGUUGUACAUUAUGAUCUCCUGAUUGAAAGUCUCCAUGGGCACAAAAUUCCAUAACAGUGGUGCAAAUAUGGAGAUACAUACUAGCAAUAUAGAUCAGCUCAGAUAACAAAAUGAGUUUCGAUUUCAUGUAAUUCCACAUUGGAAACCAUAUAAUACCAACUUGUUCCUAUUCACUAUGAAACUGCUCAUCCAUUUCUACAUAUACAAUGCAAAGAUCGUGUACGCGUUCAGCAAAGCUAGGUUCCAGAAGCCCCUAUGUAGCUUUUGACAGAGAUAACACGUAUUACUGUUUAUGCUGGACUUCACGUAAGAUGUGAGGUUUGGCAAGUCGAAGCAACGCGUCAUCUUUGCUGAAAAAUGUACAGGGGUUCUUUAGGUAGACACGAAUUUUUUGUCCAUGGGGACAGGAUGUCAUAAAUAUGCAUGAUAUUACAAAUUCCACAGCACCCCCUCUCCCGUAUGGUUUAUGCGUAUUCUUUGGUGAUUUUUCUCAUCGGGGCCCAGAAUUUGACGGUAAUCUGUUAAGGACCAAAUGCAUAGCUGUUCAUCCACUUAAAGCACCCAUUUGUCUUGACCGUCUUGCCACAUGGGAGUGACUGUAAAGUUGUCAAAUAUCUUCCUCAAAGAAGUGAACCUUGUUCUAUCCAGGCCUCCUUAUUAUCUGUCAUAAUCGUUGAAAAUCAGAUAUUAGACGGGGGGGUUGGUGUUACAGUGAUCUUGGAAAUCACGUCAAUCGGGAUUACAAAAUGGAGGAAUUAGAUCGGUAAAGGCCGCCUCCAUCGAUAUUCGACAAAUCUGCCAAGUUACAGAGCAAAUGAGGGCACCACAAGUAAAUGCUACAAAAUGUGACACUGUUGACAUUUGCCAACACUAGCACGAGCUCCUCCAGGCCGUAUGACAUUCUUGCACGGAGCGCAAAACUUGUUCAGAGUACGGAGCAAAAGGAAAUUAAAAUUUAUUAGGACAUAAAAUAUGCACCAGUGCGACAGUGGUUUUACAAAAACGAUAUAAGGAUUCCUUCAAGGGACGACUAUACAUUCAAACAUGUAUGUUCUUGAGAUUGCCUUAACUUGUGGGUCAUCCUGGUGCGAUAAAUAUUAUGUAAUUUUUAUGAUGAAUCCUUUGUUGACCUUGUUAUUAUUUUUGAUUGCAAGUUUAAAGAUAGAUAUUGAAUCAAAUGUUUUACCGAUUAAUUGGUAACUGAAAAAAAAACUAUUAUUUUUAUAUAUCAAUUAUACCAAAAUCCUUAAUCAACCAAAUAUAUUCGUAUGACGGAAUGCUACUUUAAUUCACUCUAAGAAUAUUGUUUGUAGUAUAUUGAUGUAUUUUAUAAAGUUUUCAAUUUACAUUAUUUCUAUACAAAAUUUAUAACCUACAAACGCCUUUCUGUGUUAUAUUUUAAAGGUUUUUAUUUUUUAUAGAUCAAUAUACUGUAUUUUUUUGGUACUUGUUAUUAGAGUAGGGAUAUCAGCAAUAUUCUUAGACAUUUUUGUUAAUGGAGUUUUUGAACUGUCAGUGUAACAUUACCUUGUAAAUAUGGUUGUGUUGAAUAUCAAAUAAUAAAAUAAUCA